AUGCAAGAAGAUUUUGAGUUACAGAAACAAGAAUUACAAAAUCAAAUAAACGCGUUUUGUGAACAUCUUGCUGCUAUAAAGCAAGAAAUUCAAAAAAAGGAUGAAAAAAUAAUCGAUCUUCAUAAAGACAUUGAAUCACGUAAAGCAGCUUUUAUUGAAGCUAAAAAAAGUCAAUGGAAUGAAUACAAAAAGAUUAAUUCUUUUGAUUCUUUCAAGCUUAUCAAAGAUAUUGAAAGAAUUCAAGCAGAUGUUGGUGCAGUCGUAAAUAUGACAAAGCAGGCAGACGAGUUCCAUUAUAAAAAUUAUAAAAUCUCUGACGGGAAUGAAAAGUUGAGUUAUAUUCUUCAACGUUUUAUAGUUAGGCGAGUUUUCUAUUUUGUUGAAAAUAUUGCUGAAAUCUGUGAAUUUGAAAAUAAGCAUAAAGAAGAAUUUGUUGAGCAAUUUAUUAUAUAUCAUACCCAAGAAUUAUGCAUGCUUGCAGAAAAACUUUCAACACAUCGAGUUGGAUCAGAUGGUUUUACAUGUAUUACACCAAUCAAAAUACGCCAACAGGUUUGUGCUGCCUUGGGUGCACGCGGCUUUCAUAAGAAGGAAUGGCAUCCUACGAUUAAACUUCUUGGUGACAUUAUAAUUGAUCAACUAAACCAAUCUCGAAAACUGCCUCAAGAAAUGAAUGAAGAAAUGCAAGCACGAAUCUAUGACCUUGUGCUUGAAUUACUUAAACUUCGUUUUCGGAUCGAUACUCAAGAACCUAUACCCGAACUAAGAUGGUUUAAGACUGGCGAACCAAUUCAUGUUGGUCUAAUGGAUGUUAAAGAUAACGAAGAGUUAGAAGUCGAUUUGUGCUAUUUUCCAGUUAUUGGCGCAUUCUUGGAUGAUCCUAAUCCUCAGAAUCGAAGAAUAUAUUUCAAAGCUCAGGUGUUAACAAGAACUAAGAAACACGACCAAAGCGACCGACGUGAUCGAAGCGGAGAUUUAGUAAAAAAUGCUUGGAAUUCACUUCCAAAAAAAUUAUUUUGA